GCCCUCCAUUGGAAGAGGCUUCCCCAUAGAGGAAUAGAUAAGGAGGAAGCCAUUAAGUUUUCCUCUUCCUUUUCCCCUCUAACCCACCAUGGCUUUCCCUUUCCCUUUCCCUUUACUUUUCCUCGUUACCAUCAUCCUCCCUUUCCCAUCUCUUGUUCAUUCCAAACUCUCCCUCGGUUAUUACCAAAAAACAUGUCCCGACUUUGAGAAGAUUAUUCGUGAAACUGUCACCAAUAAACAAAUAACCAGUCCUGUUACCGCUGCAGGAACCCUUCGCCUCUUCUUCCAUGACUGUAUGGUUGAUGGUUGUGAUGCCUCCGUUCUCAUUUCCUCCAACUCCUUCAACCAAGCUGAGCGUGAGGCUGAAAUCAACCACUCCCUUUCUGGUGACGCCUUCGAUGUCGUCGUCCAUGCUAAGACCAACCUCGAACUCGCAUGCCCUGGCAUUGUGUCUUGUUCUGACAUCUUGGCACAGGCGACUCGAGAUCUAGUAGUGAUGGUGGGAGGACCAUUCUACAACGUUCGAUUGGGGAGAAAAGACGGAAUGAUAUCAAAAGCAGGCAAUGUGGAAGGGAACCUCCCAACAGUGAACUUCACAAUGGACAAACUCAUCGAUUACUUCGUUGAAAGAGGCUUCACCGUCCAAGAACUGGUCGCCCUCUCCGGCGGUCACACCAUCGGUUUCUCCCACUGCAAGGAAUUCACCGACCGACUCUUCCACCAUAGUCCCACGUCACCCACCGACCCAGACAUAUACCCAAAAUUCGCCGAAAAGCUAAAGACCAUGUGUGCCAAUUACGAAAAAGACACCGCCAUGUCAGCUUUCAACGACGUCAUAACACCUGGCAAAUUCGACAAUAUGUUCUACCAGAAUCUUCCACGUGGCCUAGGCCUACUGGCCACUGACAACGCCCUCGAUAAGGAUCCAAGGACGAAGCCCUUUGUGGAUCUUUACGCUGUUAACCAAACGGCGUUUUUUCACGACUUUGGUCGCGCUAUGGAGAAGCUCAGUGUUCACGGCGUUAAAACGGGAAGAAAGGGGGAGGUUCGACGAAGGUGUGACCUUUUUAAUUCUAUUAAUACAUGAGAAAUUCUUUUCUUUUAUUAUUUUUUUUCUUUUUUCUUUUCUUUUUUUAAUUUUUAUUUCGUUUUUUACCAAAAAAGAAAAAAUAAACAAAUCAAAAAGGAAGAAGGGAAGGAAAAGGAUUGAUGCUCAUAUGCAAAUCAAUGUUAUUUUCUAGGAAGAAGAAGAGCCAAAAAGAAAAAAAAAAACAAAGAAACAAAGGAAAAAAAUUGCAUUUUAUUUUUGAAUUCUUGAACUUCUUUUUAUUUGUGUUUUUUAUCUUAAUUUUGGAACUGGGUGUUUUGUUUGUUAUGAAUUUCAUUCUUAAAAUGGGAAUAGUGAUAUGUAUUUCCCAUUGUAUGAAUACUUCCUAUACCUCUAUUCAUUUAUU